CGAAACACUAACUAAAGUUUAUAUGUGCUUCCAUUUAUUGUAAAUGUAUUUAUUGUGUCGUCAAAUAAAAUUUAGAGAAAAUGACAAAAGGCGAGAUUGCGUCUGACAGGCAAUAUGACUUCAUCAUCUGACUUGAGAAAUGAAACUGAAGUUACGAGAGAGCGACACUACGGAAGUUACAUAAUCACGUGAUUAUAAUCUCUCAUAGGAAAUCUGUUGGUUCCCUGUGAAUUACUAUUUAAAGAGAAACUGAUUCUGUCACCUCAUCCUUCUCAGAAACUUCAUUUAUUCUUCUUUGAAUACUGUGUCUGACAUUAAUCUACUACAGUUCUUUCUUCUUCAACUGCAAAACUUACAUAACUUUAAAUGGCAUGCAAGCAUUUAUAUUUCGAGUGGACUAUUAACCCUCGUGAAAUGGCUGAUUCUAAUCCAUCAGGCUGUAGGGGCGAAUUUCGAAGUCCAAAUUACAAAGCUCAUCAUCACUCUACAGAAUGGUACUUGCAUUUCUCCAUCUACAAGGAUGAUAACAUUUUGCAACUUCGUAGAGAAACAUUAGAUAAAAUUCUUCACAUAAAGGGAGCAGUAAGCCAUUAUGCGAAUUUUAAUUUUAGACGGUACAAUUUUGAUAGUAUUAUGCAUAAUAAUAUUAAACAUAUAAAUAUAUUUAAUGUACUCAAAGUGCAAUUACUUCAACGUGAAGUGACACUAAUGUGUGAUAUAUGUAUUACAGAACUAACAAAAACAGAAGAAAUGUCAGUACAGACCCAUACGACUUAUCCUAAAGUACUGCACGAUUUGCAGAAUAUGUACGAAAUGUCUGAUCAAUCCGAUUUCGUUUUAAUCUGCGAAGACUUGGAAAUCCGUGCUCACAAGUGUGUGCUUUCUUCUAGAUCUCCAGUGCUUGCUAAAAUGUUCCAGCAUGUGUUGACAGAAAGCACAGAGAAUAGAAUGGUAAUCACGGAUAUCAAUCCUGAUGUUCUGAAGGAACUGUUGCAAUUUAUAUACUGUGGUGGAAUAAACCAAACCUCUUACUCUAUGAUCCAUGAUUUGUAUUAUGCGGCUGAUAAAUACUGUCUACCGGAUCUUAAGGAUAUAUGCCGUGAAUGUAUUGUUUCCUCACUAUCUGCUUCCACAAUUUUUAAGACAAUAACUUUAGCUAGUAGGCAUCAAGAUGAAGAAUUGAUGCAAAAAUCUCUGUCUUUCCUUGCCUCUGUAUUUGAAAACAUCAAAUGUACUGAAGCGUGGACUAUUUUUCUGAAUGAAGAUCCGCCUCUGGGAGUACAAGUCUUGUCUUUUAUCAAUGAAAUGUAUUCUAAGAAACUGUUUGGUGCAUAAAGUGUUAAUCAUUGCUGUUUUAAAAGAUGAUUAGAAAAUUGGAAUGGCUUUACAAAUUCGGUUCAUUCAUACAGCUUUCUUAACGAAAUGGAAAUUAGAUAAUAAUAUCGCACAGAUUCUUGACCAGUUAUUACAUUUUUUUUAAACUGCUUGUAUGUUUCAUUUAUAGUAAAUUAAUAUUUUGACACAGUAUUUAAUGAGUUGAAAACUUGAAGCUUAACUUAAAAUUUGUUAUUAGAUAGUGACUAACAUGCAUUUCGAAAAUGUUUCUCUAUACUUGUUUGCCUUUUACG